AGCACGGCGAGCGAAAGAGACCCCCGCAGAAGCCAACGCGACGCCAAAUCCAUUCCUCUUCCCUCUCCACAGGCUGAGACGAAGCCAACCGAAGCGAGCACGAACACCCUAGGCGCGCGCGCUCAGAGCCGUGGCGGAGUCGUCGGGCUCGCCGUAGGCAGCGGAUGGCGACGCCCACGCCCAUGGCAGGCGAGGGGACGCUCGCCGCGGUGAUGCCGCUGUUGCCGCCCCCGCCACCGGCGGCGGAGGCGGCCGCGGGGUCGGCGGCCGAGGCGCCGAUGCUGAUAUUCCUCUACUUCCACAAGGCGAUCCGCGCCGAGCUCGAGGGCCUGCACGGCGCUGCCGUGCGCCUCGCCACGGAGCGCGCCGGCGACGUGGGGGCACUGGCCGAGCGCUGCCGCUUCUUCGUCAACAUCUACAAGCACCACUGCGACGCCGAGGACGCGGUUAUCUUUCCAGCACUUGAUAUACGAGUCAAGAAUGUCGCUGGAACGUAUUCUCUAGAGCAUAAAGGCGAAAAUGACCUCUUUACCCAGCUUCUUGCUUUAUUACAACUCGAUAUUCAAAAUGACGAUGCUCUUCGGAGGGAACUUGCAUCCUGCACAGGAGCCAUACAAACGUGCCUCACCCAGCAUAUGUCCAAGGAAGAAGAACAGGUCUUCCCAUUGCUUACCAAGAAAUUUUCAUACGAAGAGCAGUCAGAUUUAGUAUGGCAGUUCUUAUGCAACAUUCCUGUAAAUAUGCUGGCAGAGUUCCUUCCGUGGCUCUCAGCUUCUGUUUCAUCUGACGAGCAUCAGGAUAUUCGUAACUGUUUAUGUAAAAUAGUUCCUGAAGAGAAACUUCUUAAACAGGUUGUAUUCACUUGGAUCGAAGGGAAAGCAACAAGAGAAGUGGCACAGAGUGUUGUCAGUGAUAAUUUGGAAAGAAGUCAUUGUUGCAAGGAUGCUUCCUUUGUUAAUCAAGCGGAGAAACUUAUUUAUCCACUUGAACAGUCUAAAGUUGGGCAUAUAAAGUAUACAGAAUCUAAUGAUUGUCAGGCUGACAGGCACCCCAUAGAUGAGAUUUUAUAUUGGCAUAAUGCUAUCCGUAAAGAAUUAAAUGAUAUAGCAGAGGAGACAAGAAGGAUGCAGCAGUCUGGAGAUUUUGCUGAUAUAUCAGCCUUCAAUGCGAGACUUCAGUUUAUUGCAGAUGUGUGCAUCUUCCACAGUAUCGCCGAGGAUCAGGUUGUAUUUCCUGCAGUCAAUAGUGAGCUGUCCUUCGUGCUGGAGCAUGCUGAAGAAGAGCGUCGAUUUAACAAUUUUAGAUGCUUAAUUCAGCAAAUCCAAAUGGCAGGAGCAAAAUCAACUGCAGCAGAGUUUUACUCUGAAUUGUGUUCACAUGCUGAUCAGAUAAUGGAGGCAAUUGAGAAACACUUCUGUAACGAAGAAACCAAGGUGCUUCCCCAAGCUAGGGUUCUUUUCUCUCCUGAGAAGCAAAGGGAACUUCUAUAUAGAAGUCUUUGUGUCAUGCCAUUGAAGCUAUUGGAACGUGUUCUACCAUGGUUGGUGUCAAAACUGAGCGAUGAGGAGGCAUCUUCUUUUCUUCAGAAUAUGCGCUUGGCAGCACCAUCAUCUGACACCGCAUUGGUCACUCUUUUCUCUGGUUGGGCAUGCAAGGCUCGCUCAGAGGAUAAAUCCAAUUCUGGAGAAUAUAUAUGCUUAACAUCAGGGGCAGCAAGAUGCCUGUUGGAUGAUGUAGAAGAGCUGAAAAAGUGUCAAUCAUUCUGCCCAUGUGCUUCACGUAUCAGUGCAGAUGUUGCUCUUCAUCUGGAAAAUGAAAAUGGUUCUAGGCCAGGCAAGCGAGGAAAUGAUGCAGAAUCUGUUCCUGGGUGCGGAGGCGGAGGAGAUGCUGACGAAGGCAACGAGGCGAAGGGAAAGGAGGAUGCGCUCGCAUCCAGUAGGCUGCUCGAUCCGGAAUUCAAGCCCUCCAAGCUGUCCCAAGAUCAGCUCGACAAGUUUAAGGAAUUGCACAAGAAACGGCUACAAAUAAAGGAAAAAACAAAAUCCAAAGGAAAACCUAAAGGAAGAACUGGGGAGAAUACAAAUGUAGCCAAUGAUUCUAAAUUUAAUAAUAAGGAUAAAUCAAUUGAUAGUGCCGCAAUAGAUGUACAGCAUACAACAUCAACUACAGGAGCCCAAGCGAAUCUUGCACCGUCCCUGCCCUUGAGGAACAAAAGGAAGUUGCAUUGGGGGCUUGAUGUUAAAGAACGGUGGGAGAGGAAAGCGAACAUGUGAAUUUCUGAAGAUCGUUUAAAUUCUCGGAGCAAAGCAAACCCUCCAUAUAAAUGGGAAAAAAAAUAUUAUGCCUUCUUGAUGACCUAGUUGAAUGUAUUCAUCUUUCUGUUAGCAGGCAGAAUAGCUGGGCGAAAGCCACAAGAUCUAGGCCACAAAUUUCCUGGUUUGCAGUUUUCUAUCUGAUGCCUUGUGCAGGUUAUGUAGCUAGAUAUUCCUAUUUUAAGUACCUGUCCAGAUCUCUUGUUGGGUACUUCAGGCCCAUGCCGCGCAGGUUAUAGAACAUCCUGCUUAGCGAGACAGGGAAGGUAUUGAAAAUCCUGUUUCAAAUGUUGUGUACGAUUAUGACAUGCUGCUGUUGCUGCUUUUACAGCAAAUUAUAAGUUUGUCCCGGUUUAUUUUA